UAGCGAUUAGAAAAGCGCAUUUAAAAAUGUUAUAAGGUCUUCGAGUACCCAGCACCCAAUUAAAACAGCAAGAUGUCGUCAAGUAAUACCUCUGAUAAACCGUGCAUCGUUGCUGCACAUAUAGCUUCAGACUUCCAGCUAACAGGCGAUGCAUCUAAUGCCGCUUGGUCCAAAGCCAACGCCGUAGUAAUCAGCAAUGACACAGUUACUGGUAAGCCUAUAAAGGAACUACAUACUACCACAAAGGCACUAUAUACUGACAAGUAUCUGUACAUGGCAUGGGAAUGUAGGUACACCACAUUGACGGUGUUUGAUAUCGGGGUGGAUACACCUAGCAGGCGCAUGGGGUUGUGGGAAAAAGAUGUGGUAGAGGUGUUCAUUAUGAUCAAUGAAGAACACCCAAAAGUGUACGCUGAGCUGGAAUUCGCACCCAAUGGUGAGUGGUUAGAUGUAGGCGUAGACCUACAGAACGAUCUCAAGGACUUUGACUACAGCACGCAAUCUGAGUUCAAGAUACAGGUGGAUGAGGAUGCUAAAAUUUGGAAAGUUGAAGCCCGCAUACCUGUUCCUCUCAAGGCUUGUGGGAUCGAUGGUCAUAUACCCAAGCCAUGUGACACGUGGAAGGUGAAUAUCUUUAGAUACGAUGGUGCUAAUAAUAGGUUCAUGGCUUUGAACCCUACUUUCCAAGACCCCGCUGCCUUCCAUGUCCCGGAAGCUUUCGUCGAUCUCAAGUUCGAGUAGAGAAAUAAGAUCAAUAUACUUGCACAAAGAUAAAUAUACAAAAUAAAGGAAAAUAUACAUGC